AAAACUCUGACAUAACUCUAACGAAAAACCUCCGUACACAGAUCGUGGGAUUCUGCGUACGCAUGAUCCUACGGCAAGUUGUACGCAAAGAUUGAUACGUAUGGCCGUCGGUCUUUACUUGUAUGUGUAGCCUAUACGUCAAAACCUUCUAUUCUAUCAAUAUAACAGACUGGAAAUAUGUACCUAUAUUUCUAAAAUACUGACCAAAUGUUUUAGCAAUAACAUACUGACAAAAUCCUCUGUAGACUGAAUGUUUUUACACGCUUUUCACACAACGCGUCGCUGUUCUCUAAUAAAUUGUUCAGGUAUCCGGAUGAAGGGACGCCAUGACAGUUCGGUACAGCGCGAUUCACGCUGUAGGUUCAUCUGCAGCAGCUCAGCCCCAGAACCAAUGCACGGGUUUGCUUUGUUCGUAAACUGCGGAGCCUUGCUAAUAUAGCGCUUCAUUGUAGAAGCGGCUGUGUUCACGACAGGAUUAAAUUAUUUCGAAUUUGUUAUUGACUCCAACAGUUGCAUCAUUAUUUAUGGAGCAGCUACGGAAAAGGUACGUCUCGGUUUUCCUUCUCUUUUCUGCAUCAUGGGGCAUCGCUUUGUCCAUGACUCGCUACUCCAUCCCCGAGGAAAUGAAGGAGGGGUCCGUGGUGGCGAAUCUGGCCGCAGAUUUGGGGCUGGAUGUAGGUGAACUCGCCACGCGCGAGGUUAAACUUGAUAUUAUUCACAGUAAGAAAUAUCUGGAGGUGAACAAAAACACGGGAGAGCUGUACAUUGUAGAGAAGAUAGACCGGGAGUAUUUAUGCACUUCAAAGAUAUCUUGUUUUCUCAGACUAGAUGUUGUAAUAGAAAACCCUUUGCGUAUAUUCAACAUUGAGCUGGAAAUCACUGAUAUCAAUGACAACGCGCCCCGCUUCCGGAGGGACAGAAUCGAGCUGGAUGUGUCCGAAUCUGCACCUCGCGGAGAGAGAUUCUCCUUAACCAAUGCUGUAGACCCAGAUGUCGGCUCAAAUACCAUUAAAUCAUACAGUCUUAGUGAGAACGAACAUUUCAGUAUCGAGACUCAGACGGGAAGCGAAGGAACUAAAUACGUGGACUUGGUGUUGAAAAAGGCUUUGGACCGAGAGGAGCGAGCGGUGCACAAUCUCAUUCUUACCGCUGUAGACGGCGGAGUCCCCGCGCGGUCCGGCACCGCCAGCAUCAUUGUGCGCGUCUUGGACACGAAUGACAACGCCCCUCAGUUUGACCGUCAGGUUUAUUCUCUUAAUAUAACGGAAAAUUCCCCCAUAGGAACACUCGUACUGAAACUUAAUGCUACAGACUUAGACGAGGGUACGAAUGCAGAGAUAAUGUAUUCUUUCACACUGUACACAUCCGAGAAAACACAGGAAAUGUUCACUUUAAAUCCGAAUACAGGAGAAAUUAAAGUGAAAGACGUGAUUGAUUUUGAAGAAGUGAAAAUUCUGGAGAUGCACGUUCAAGCUAAGGACAAAGGACAUCAUGCACUCUCCGGGCAGUGUACAGUGAUGCUGUAUGUGACAGAUGUGAAUGACAACCAUCCUGAGAUCAGCAUCAAAUCCCUGCGGAGCACGGUGAGUGAGGAUGUUCCUAAGGGGACGGUAAUAGCUCUCGUUGGCAUUCGUGACAGAGACUCGGGGGACAAUGGUAAAUUCGACCUCUCUAUUAGCGAGCAGUUGCCGUUUGUGCUGAACAAAUCGUCAGAGAGCGAUUUCGAGCUGGUGGUUUCAGAAUCCUUGGACCGUGAGAAAGUUCCAGAGUACGACAUCGUUUUAACGGUAACGGACAGAGGCACGCCCCCCCUGUCAGACAACGAAACCAUCACACUGGAGCUAAUGGACGUGAAUGACAACGCGCCACAGUUUCCAAAGUCUUUCUAUACCAUUCCUGUGAUGGAGAACAACGCGCCGGGGUCUUUACUGAGCUCUGUCACUGCCUUGGAUCCAGAUCUCCAUGAAAACCAAUAUCUGGUUUAUUUCAUAAUAGAGAAGGAAAUCGUGAACACCUCAAUGUCCAUGCUGUUCUCCAUUAACCCAGAGAACGGGGAUCUUUACGCACUGAAGACUUUUGACUACGAGAGAGAGAGGGAGUUUCUGUUUCAUAUUGAGGCCCGAGACUCGGGUGUUCCUCCACGCAGCAGUAACGUCACCGUCCACAUCAUCAUUCUGGAUCAGAACGACAACACCCCGGUCAUAGUGUCCCCAUGGCGCGCGCACGGCUCUGUAGUAGAGGAAAUGAUCCCGAGAUCCACUGAUAAAGGACGCCUGAUCGCCAAAGUGAUCGCCAUUGACGCAGAUUCCGUGCGGAACUCUCGGGUCACGUACCAGUUUCUUCAGAUCACUGACGCUACCCUGUUCAGUCUGGACCAAUACAACGGCGAAAUCCGGACCAUGAGAAUGUUCAGCUACAGAGAUCCGCGUCAUCAGCGGCUGGUCGUUGUUGCCAAGGACAACGGAGACCCGGCUCUCUCUGCUACGGUUACCAUCAAGAUCUCAACGGUGGAGCACGUCGUUAAAGCGUUUUCCGACACAAUGGAAGUUCCUUUAGAAUACGACAUAUUUUCAGACUUAAACCUGUAUCUGGUGAUCGGUUUGGGCUCGGUGUCGUUUUUGCUACUGAUGACAAUAUUUGUGACCAUCGUGCUGAAGUGUCAGAAACCGAAGCCCACCAAAGCGACCCCUCCCUGUCGGAACAGCGUCAUUAGCCAGAGGAGCUCUACCGUAGCGGACUCCACGCUGGUGUCCAACGAUGCUUAUUGGUACAGCUUGUUCUUAGCGGAGACGCGGAAAGGGAAGCUGGUGAUCAGGCAGCCAAUACCGAAGGGGGGCGGAUACAUCGUUUCCAGUAUCCCCAGGAGCACGGGCCUGACAGAGACUAGCGACUCAGCCGCGUCCACUCUGCAGUACUCAAAAUGAAAGGAACCGUCUUCCACAGCUGGAGGCAUCCACCACAAGCAGCAGCUCCUCCUGAACCCC